GGUGUUGGAGCUUUAUCAGGUUAAUAAUUCAUGAGGCGUAGGGUAUAGCGAUCUCGCAGACGGCUUGAAUGGGGCUCAGCUCGGCCACUCAGACAGAGUGGCGCCGCUCUGCAAGGUGGGUCUUUUCUUCAUUCCUCAGCCUAUAUGUGCAGGUGCUUUGUGGACCGCACCAGACUGGAGCCAACGAAUUUUCUUCUCAUUGUUUCCGCCGCUAAGGCAUGACAAACAAGAUUCCCUUUUUCUAACACUUUAGGGGUUGGCCAACAAUAUUUUUAAAAAGACAUUGUCAUACUGAAAAGGGAGAAGAGGGAAAAUUACUAUUGGAAUUGAGAACAAUCAUUUGAUAGCAUGUAAUACGCGUAACAAGCGAGGCAUCGAAAUGGCUUUAUCAAACUUUCAUACCCAUGCGAGGUAAUGCAGUGUGUUCUAUUUUGUUAAUCUGAAGUUAGUACCUUUUGUUUGCAUCUAUUAUACUUCAAUAGUAGUACAUCAAUUGACUUUCCGCUACUAGACUUUUCCACUUGGUUGACCCUAAGCCCUUGUGUUUCAUCGCUGCUAAAAAAAUCCUAACGAAGCUUUUUUAUUCAAGAACUGAUUGUGAUGUUAACACACACCUUUUGGAGUUGAUCCUCUUUUCUCCGCGAAUAAAAUACUGAAUUGCUGUUCUAGGUGUUUGAGGGAGAUAGUGUUCAUCUUGCUUGAGUGACCUCAUUCAAAAAAAGCUUCCUGAUUCUCAAGAGGGGUGGAACAGAAAAGAGUCGAGCAUCUUGUGUUGAUGACCGGGAGAAGUGAUCACCUCCGCCUUUUAAUAGUACCACUGAAUGGCUUUUGUCCUUCUCUUGUUCUCGAGGACAAAACCCCAGACUUCAUGUCUCUGCCCUCGUCGGUGAGCGCUCCGCCAAUCUUUCUCAAUCUGUCCUCAAGUCACCGGCGCGACAACAACUCCACCGCUCUCUCCUCUCUAUUUAUCUUGUCUUCUGUCCAACAAGAGCCACCCGUUUAGAGAAAGCUGGGGUUUUCUUCUCAUCUAGAUGUUUUUAGACAUCAAGCAGUGGAUAUUUUAUUCCAAUCAUCCAGAGAUUCAAGCGGAACAUAAUACAUCGAAUAUAUUUUGUAUCUCUCCUUUGGAAUAUACCACCAAAAAGGAGAGAUAGCUUUCGACACAUUGGAAAAUUCAAGAAAUUGGAUAAAUACUUCAAGUUGAAAGGACUUUAAGAUAUCGAUGUACACGUAUUAGUUGAUUUAAACUAUUUUAUUCUUCAUCAUGUUCAUAUCUUACGGAUUGCUUUGCACUUUCAGCAACCAUCGGUGACCUGAUAUUUGUGAUAAAAAUAAUCACUUCGACAUUGAUCUGUAUUGACUUACCUGUGAAAUAGGACUGACACCAGUUUUUUGUUCGCAACUGAUUGCUAUAUUUUGCUUCAAAUGAGUGGAGAUAUCCCUCAUAUUAUUUUGUGGUGUGCAUGAUUUUGGAGAAGCUUGUCGGCACCCCCGAAAGUGACAUGGUGAUGAAGUAUCACUACCUCCAGUACAGGCGGCUUUUGCAUGCCUCAGUUGACAUCGAUGGAAACCCAAAAGGCAUGACUCAGGCAAUCCUCACAGAUGGUAAUGACCCCAUAUCUCCCAGCCCAGAGAAUGGUUACCAUAGCAACAGCUCUACCAUCGAGGACAGUGAUGGAGAUGACAAAGGAAGCUUCAUGGAUGAUGAAGAUGAGGUCGACAUGGACAAGGGAACGAGCGAUGGGGACAAGGAUGAUGGGGUGGACGACAUGGAACCGGACAAGGAGUUUCAUCAGAAGAAUGGAAUGCAUCACCACCAUCCUCAUACCUCUCCUCACCCCCCUCCUCAUCAGUUCAGGAAUGGGGAGACAGGAGUAGAUGGUGUCAUCAACUUGGAGGAUUACAUGAACCGCAGCGACACUGCCAUCAUCUAUCCUGAACCUGUAGAAGACAUGGAUGGAGUCAAUGGCGACACAGACGACCCUGAUACCCCAGGAGGAAAUGACAAUGAAACUGAAAUUGAGGGCGAGCUUGGAAAACCUGAAGACUGCCCGUACUGUGAUCGCUCAUAUAAACGCCUCACCUCCCUGAAAGAGCACAUCAAGUACAGACACGAGAAGACUUUCAACAAUUUUUCUUGCCCAGAAUGCAACUACUGCUUUGCCUACAAGUCCCAGUUGGAGCGUCAUAUGGCCACGCAUAUGCCAGGGCGCAACCAAAUUUGUGAUAUCUGCAAUAAAGCCUUCGUGAACAUUUACAGACUCCAACGACACAUGCUGACCCACACAUCUGGGAAUCGCAAGUUUAAGUGUGGAGAGUGUGGCAAGGCUUUCAAGUACAAACAUCAUCUCAAGGAGCACUUGCGUAUUCAUAGUGGGGAGAAACCGUAUGAAUGUCCAACUUGCCUCAAACGCUUCUCACAUUCUGGAUCCUACAGCUCUCACAUAAGCAGCAAAAAGUGUUCACCGGUCAAGGAGCAACCUCCAGCCCUCAGCAGGAUAGCAGGAGUUCCUCCAGUCAAAGUAAUCAAUAGCCUUCCUUCACCUGUUUUGCAAUCGCCUCAUAGUGAUAUAGACACUAGUGAAUCAAGACCAUUAAGUGAGCCAAAGGGGAGUGCCCCAGCUUUCAUGACUCCUCUCCACAUCAAGAUUCCCAAUGCUGAUGGUUCUGUUCAGGGUCUCCCAAGCAGCGAUACAGAGGACAAUGGAAGCACUACUCCUUUAACAAGUCCUGCAAAUGAUGCUGUAAAGAAGGUGCUUCAAAUUGUGGCAUCUACUGUGUGCAAACAACAGAAAGACGGGCAAAAAACUGACAUCUCAAAAUUAAAGAAAACAAAGACAACAAGCGACACAGCCCCAGUUGUCGCAAGUCCCUUUGAAAUCAGACCUUUCAAGCUUGAAAAAAUGGCAGCUGUUACUCCCUUGCCAAAGGCAACACCUUCUCAAAAGACACCUGAAGAACCAGAAAAACCAAAAACUUUCUUGAAUGGAAAUGGUGUUCAUCAAGAGAAGAAGAGUUAUAACAUUGUGGACUAUACUCUAAAGAAAGUACAUGAAGCUCAAGCAAUUAAUCGCUGUUUGGAAACACGCUUUCCUUCUCAGAUUAACCUAAAUCCAGACAGAACAGGAUGUAAAUAUUGUGGACGAGAGUUCCACAGUCCUAUCGAUCUUCAUCAGCACGAGCGCUAUCUCUGUGACCUCAACGAGGAUGUGCUAAAGAUGAAGCUCUUCAGUGGCAAUCCACAGCCUCAACAAAACAUUGGUAAUUUCACUUUAGAUCGCUAUUACGAGAUGCAGCAAGAAUUCUUAGCCCAACACAAGAAUGAUGAGAGUUCUAACCAUGACAAAGAAAAGGAAAAUGAUGAAGAAGAUAAUGAAAGUCCUCAGCAGAUGUUGUCAUCACCAAGGGAGAGUGAAAGGGAGAGGGAACAGCACCUGUCUCCAAAAGCUAGCCCCGAUUCAGGAAGUCAGAUUUCCCCUCAUAAAGCUGAGAGCUUUGAACCCGAGGCUACCAAGACAACUGAUAUUUCAAAGUUGCUUGAGACCAUUUCAAAGGCCCAAGAACAGGCUCUGCGUGCAUUCUAUGCAAUGCAAGCUAAGCCUUCUGAGGACGGUAUUGAAAAAAUUUCAGUAGCACUAAAUUUGCCUAUGCAGCUUGUCAACAAGUGGUUCCAGCGCACACGUAAGCUCGAGGAGGAGGGCUCGGAUCCAUCGCUUAAGAGCUUGAGCUUAAUGAGGCAAUCCCCAGUUGUGACAGUUGUUCCACCCACACAGCACAUCAAAGAACACACGGGAGCUCAAGCUAUCGAUAGCAAGGAGGCUUGUUUGAAAUCCCCGAUAGAGAACUGCGAUUUGGAAACGGCUUCAGUCAGCAGCAGCAGUGGUGAGAGAUUGGGUGAUUCAGACAGCCUCCCUCCUUCCCCAAGCAGCAGUAUUAAUUCCUUACCUAAAGACUCCACCAGAAACACCUUUCAUAAAUACAAGAGCAUGGAUGUCAGCCCGACAUGCAGUGAAACUGAACCCAGUGUGCGUGAGCGAUUAGAGCCCAUGGAUAGAGAUACUCGAUCCCCCGCCCGAUCUGUUACAUCAACCAAGGAAACAACAGACACUUCUCCUCUUGAUCUUUCUCUGCCAAAGCGGAAAGCGACACCUCCACCUUCUUUGAGCAGGUCUUCCAUCCCACCAAAGCUUGUCUAUGGCUACAACUACUCGGCACUCUAUUCUGCUGCUGCAGCCGCCGCUGCCAACGGUUACCUUCUUCCUCCAGCAUAUGCACCAUCUGAGCCGCUCACUUCCAGCCUUUACGAAAACAGCAUCAAAGCUCACAAGAGCAGGACAAGCCCGACCCCUGGCAAGACCAGCACCCCCUCAUCCACAGCCACCAACAACACCUCGUCGGUAUCAGAUGCCAGCAUGCUCCUGAAGCGGUCAUACCCUGAGCCUCUGUAUGCUUACCUCCCCACCAUGGGCGGCUAUGCCGCCAAGAGGAUGAGAUUUGCUGAUGGAGUAGAUUACCCUGUGGCCCCACCUCCGGUGUACAGUUCUCAUCUUCAGGUGCCAGAUGUCUACAGUGCUCUUGCCAAGACUGGUUUCAUGCCCAGUACCAUGGCCCACCUAGGUGCUGCCUAUGGACCAACCAAUCCUUUCUUACCUGCUAUGCUCAAUGGAGGUGGACUUCAUCAAAACCAUGCCGCAGCUGACAAUUCAUCUGACAUUGCGUCAGAAGAUUCAAUGAGCGACAUCGGUAUUGGUCCCGGACGACGCAGGAGAUCGGACAAGCCAUCCAGGACCUCCUCGGGCCAGUACGCCUGUUCACAGUGCCCCAAGACCUUCCAGAAACACAGCUCAUUACUGCGACACGUCUACGAGCACUCAGGCAAGCGUCCUCACCAGUGCAAGGAAUGCGGCAAGGCUUUCAAGCACAAGCACCACCUGAUGGAGCACUCGCGGCUCCACUCCGGCGAGAAACCCUACCAGUGCGACCGGUGUCUCAAGAAGUUCUCCCACUCCGGCUCCUACAGCCAGCACAUGAAUCACCGCUACAGCUACUGCAGGCGCGAUGCCUUGGGCGCCGCCGGUGGACCCCACCUGGACGGUGCGGAGAAGGAGAUGUUGGGGGACGGGAAGGAUUCGAUGAUGAUGGACCAUCACCAGGGUGGGGGCGAUGAGAUGGAGAUCGGUUUGGAGAGUACAGGUGCUAUGAUACGGAGGAUGGAGGACAAACAAAUCGCUGGGGUAUAAGUUUGAGAUUUGAUUGCAAACCAGGGAGAUUUAGGAUCAUGACUCGUUAUGAUCGGGAAUCAUAUAUAUUCAUAUGAUGCAGAAAGGGUGUGGAACGUUUCUGCUGGGAAGGUGCCUCAGAUUAGUGUGUUGAAAAAAUAAAAUUGACAUUCAUUUUAUGAAGAAGUAAGUUUGUGUUCUCAUUGAGAGGUCUUCACUGAUCCCUGUUUAAACAAGCAAAUUAUCAGUGAGAAAUAUGAAUUUGGGUUUAUUCAUUAUUCCAGUUCAGGUUUUGAAAAUGAUUGGUGCGAUUUUACAGUUUAAACAAAAUCGAAUAAUAUACAAUCAUGUGAUAUAAUCAAGUGACAAUGGUCUCGUAAUUUUGAGUUUUCUUGAUUUAUUCUUCAAAUGAAGAAAAUGAAAAAAGAAUAUUUUCUACUUUAAGUAAAUAACAUGAUGUGUCUGUUUUUCAUAUUUUCUAAAUUUUGUCUUCAAAUAAAUUAAGAGAAAAUAAUGGUAUCUAUUUUGACUAAUGAUUUAUGAAGAUAAUUUUUUUGUGAAUGAAAAAAAAAGUGGAAAUGAGACUUAAAAUUCUGUAAUUGAAAGAACUCAUAAUUUACAUAAUUGUCCUAAGCUCAAGAAAGAGGAAAUCUAAGACGUUUAUUAAAAAAAAACAAGGAAAUUAAAGGGACUUGAGACCUAAUUGUGAAGAGGGAGCAAGUUAAAGUACAAAGGCGAAGUAUGUUGCAAAUGUAUGUACUACUCUUCCUUCUAUGUAAUGUAUAUAUGAUCAGUACAAUGACAGAUAGACUUGAAUAUUUUUGCAAUUUGAGCAUUAUUUAUCUAAGAGGAAAUCACUUGGUGAUUUAAGAUUCCACCAAACACAUAUUCUUCCACACUUAAACAAGGAAAGGAUGGGAGUGAGCCAAUUGCUGAAUUGGAGUCAUAAUGGACUGGAAUAAUUUUUGAUGUUUUCCUUUGAGAAGGACAUUGAAAAGAAGAUGGCAUUUAUAUUAUUGUUAUUAUUUAUAUAGCUCACUUUGCCACUGAAAUUAAGUCUGUCAAUUUAAUGUAGGUGUAGCGUCAUAACCUACAACACCAAAUCUUGUGCAAUCUCGAUAAGACUGACAGAUAAGGCGCUGUUUAUACCAUGGCACCUUUUCCUACGCAAAAUAUAUUUUCUUGCACGGAAAUAAUGUGUGGAAAUAAUAUUUUUCAUUAUUUUUUUUGUUGAAAUGUCAUUUAAAGUGCCAUUUAUUUUUGUUUGCUCACAAAUUCUCAUUCCUCAAAGAAAUAAUUUAAUUCCAUCCCCCUUCUCUCUAUCUCUUCCUGUUUCUCUACUUCUCUUUCCCUAUUUUUUUUCCUUCUGCUCCGACUUCACUUUUUGUGAUAAAUGAAAUCAAAGAAAUCAUGUAUGUGUAAUUCUCUAAACAGAAAAAAUGAUCGCAUUCAAUUCAAUAUCUUUUACAAUUUGCAACAUUAUUGUUUAUUUAUUGUGUUGUCUUGUUUGUUUCCAAUGAAAGAAAUGUUAAGUAUUUUUUGAUAGGUAGCUUGUUUAGUUUGGUUUUAUUUCUCACAGAUGAUAGAUUACAAACUAAAUACUUCAUAUCUUCCAUACACUAAUGUUUCUCUCAAUAUUUUCGUCGGCCCUUUUCUGUAUUUUCUUUUCAUGUCGGAAGUUGCCACUGGGUAUUUUGGGUAAUGAAUUAAUGAUGUACAUGGAGUUGUGUAUAAACUUAUUUAUUCUUGUUGAUGUGUAACUAUUUAUUCAAAAAAAUGUAAGAUAUUGGUCAAGAAAAAUUGAGUGGGCCUCUGAAUUUCUUUUAUAGGUGGUCCGACCUAUUUAUGUAUUGUAGCAAUGUUGCUAUUUUGAAACAAAAAUAAAGUAAAAAAAAUAUUAA